GGAUUGGUAGGAUUUGUGUGUCUCUGGUACUUAUCCCUCUGCUUCUUUGGAAGACUGAAGACUUGGAUCUUGUGCUGGAGGACAAGGUCAAGUCAUGACAAGAAAAUGGAGGUCCUCUUGGGGAAGGUUGAGAAGUUGGUGCCCGCGAGAUACUCUUACUCUGAUGUGGAGAGAAUUACCUCUUGCUUCAGUCAUAUACUAGGACAAGGUGGUUGUGGCGUUGUGUACAAAGGGAAGCUCCCCGACGGCCGCCCCGUUGCCGUCAAAGUCAUGAAGGAUUGUAAAGGCAGUGUCAAAGACUUCUUCACUGAGGUCAUUGCCAUCGGCUGCACGUACCACGUGAACAUCGUCUCCUUGCUCGGCUUCUGCUCAGAGGGCCCAAAACAAGUUCUCAUCUACCAGUUCAUGUCGAAUGGUUCGCUGGAGAAGUACAUCCACGACGCGAGACAAGCCACAUCGACUCUCGAUGCGACAAAGCUGCUACGGAUUGCCAUCGGCGUCGCUCGAGGCCUGGAGUAUCUCCAUCACGGAUGUAACGUUGGAAUCCUGCACUUUGACAUCAAGCCUCAAAACAUUCUACUCGACGAGGAGUUUUGCCCCAAGAUUGCUGAUUUCGGACUCGCCAAAUUGUGCCGCUCCGCGGAGGGCAUCAUCAAGAUGCUGGGCGCCCGAGGCACCGUCGGGUACAUCGCCCCGGAGGUGUUCUCCCGCUGCUAUGGAGGAGUGUCGCCCAAGUCAGAUGUCUAUAGCUACGGCAUGAUGAUUCUUGAAAUGGUUGGAGGAAGAAAGAAGUGCACAGCUCAGGAGGAGGAACGUACGAGUGAGAUUUAUCUCCCCCACUGGGUCUGUAAGCAUCUCGAUUCGGAUGGAAACUUGAGGUCGUUUAGAGCCAUGACCGAGGUGGAAGAAGAGAUAGCGAGAACGAUGGUGUUAGUCGGGUUGUGGUGCAUACAAACGAGGCCUUCGGACCGACCCUCGAUGACGAAGGUGCUGGAUAUGUUAGAAGGAAGGAUCACAGAGUUGCAGGCACCACCAAUGCCAGUUCUUACUUCUCCUCCAUCAUCAACGAUGCAUUCCAUCGCAGCUCAGUCGCAAAAGAUGGUCUCAGUGGUGACUUCUUAAAAGCUCAUGAUCAUAUCUGGCUUUAUUGGUAAGAAUGGUAUGGGUUGAUCUAUAAC